AUGAGACUAAACCCAGCGGCCUCUGCAUCAUCAUCCCCUAUUAUCAUCGACAUGUUCGUACACGGACUCAAUGAGCCAACCGUUCGGUAUGACGCGCUCUCUUACACUUGGGGCGACGGUACGAAGAACGAUGCUAUUAUCGCCAACGGCCACCCUAUGAACAUAACAAAGAAUUUGCAAGCGGCUUUACAGCAUCUCAGACGACAAGAUGAGGAGGUCUUGCUUUGGGUUGACGGUAUCUGUAUCAACCAAGACAACACAGACGAAAGGAACGCACAAGUUGCUCAAAUGGGCAAGAUUUUCAGGAAAGCCGAUCAAGUGAGAGUCUGGCUGGGUGCCGAGUCUCAGACAUCAGGAGCAGCAAUGAGGGUGCUUGAAGGCCUUGAUGGAGUCCGGUCAUCCGAGCAGAUUGUGCACAGGCUCGUCGCCGACGAGGACGCCACCCAGGCCCUCACGCUCCUUUUGCAAAGGCCCUAUUGGACCCGGAUGUGGGUUUUCCAAGAAACCGUCCUAGCUCGAGAAGCAACUAUACAUUGCGGCUCGCUUUCGGCGAAAUGGUCAACGUUGCGUGCUCUGGACGAUGUCACGGGCAAUCCCGCGUGGUGGCAAGAUCCAAAAACCCGCAAACCAUGGAUAACGGGACUCCGCAAGGCCGUCUUCCGCAUCUCCCAGUUCUUCAUUAGCCUGCAGGACGCCCGGAGUACGAUCAAUGUUUUGCAUUCGACAAGGACCCUGCUAUCAACGGACCCCCGAGACAAGCUGUUCGCACUGAUAGGGGUCAGCGACAUGAGCCAUCUGUUGAAGGCCGAUUACUCAAAGCCAACCCGCGACGUCUACAUGGACUUCACAAGAAGACUCAUACGCAAAGACAGAAACCUGGCAAUCCUUCUCACAGCGGGGCCUUGGAACCCGCAAAACGGGGCGGACAUUGGCCUGCCUUCCUGGACACCUGAUUAUCGCGGCAUGAGCGGCGUUGAUGUACGAUAUCUAGCCGCCAGUCACCUGGAGCAUUUCAACGCGUCGAAAGGCAGCUAUCACAACCAUCCUCGCUCUGACUCGCUCUCGGGUCCGGACACGCUCAUGGUCGAGGGAGUCAUCUUGGACACGGUCGGUAAGACAGCCUUCUUGGGUACGGGGGAGUCAAGGCGCCGGUCGGUCAUGGAAAAGUUCGACCCGGUCCGUCGCCACCCGCGCCCAAGAGCAAACCACUCCUUCAAGGACUUCUUCGAAACGAUGAUUCUUUACAGCGCCACCGUGUAUGGCGACCGCUUUGCGGAAACAACAGGGUUCGAGAAGGGGAACAAAUCCCGCUUGGCGCUUGGGUUCCUUCAUGACUUCAACAAGUUCUAUCGAACACAAAACCCGGCAGCAAGAACAGGCAAGCAUAUCGACAUAACUUCUGUUUUACAUGGUGUUCGCGGAGCAGAGACAUUCGAACAAGCUGUCCGAGAGUAUCAUGAUUUGCGGAAGACAGAUCCUGCUGCUCUGUAUUGGCGCCGGAAGGAAUACGUAACCAGGGUCGAGGGGGCCACGGACGGGCAUCUGACAAACAUUUUCUCCACUGCAGACGGGUACCUGGGCAGAGGCCUCUCAUUCAUCAGGGAAGGGGACAUUGUGGCGGUUCUGUCCGGGAGCCGGCUUCCUUUUGUUCUUCGCAAGGCGGAAGAAAGCUCAACGUACCAACUUAUCAGCCCGUGCUACGUCCCCGGUGUCAUGUCGGGAGAGCUCAUGGAGAGGACCGACAGCGACUUUCAAGUUGUCAAUCGUCACUCCAAGACACUUGCCAUCGGCUGA